AUAUUGCUAAUUCUUUGCUUUUUCCGUACAAUACGGAAGUAAGAACAUAUCAGGAACAUAAUUGAUGUAGGUAAAAAAGAGGAGAUUCUAGUACAUUAUUCACUUCUUCUGAUCAUUAUUAUUUGUUCAUCUAUUUUUUUCAUUAAUUUUGAUUAUGUAAAAUCGUUGAUGACGAAAAAUACAAUUUUUAUAAUUAGUCAAAUCCAAAAUCGGUUUGAUUCCGGUAUACAAGAACAAAUGGACAACAAACAUUUCUUAAAAACGAAUAAUUUCACAAUGUCAGCAUUAUUGUCAAUCAACGAAGUAUAUAAAUGGCAUAACCCUGAAUAUCUCUCAGUUCAUCAUCACUCAGUUUAGUCGAAAAGGAAGAGAAAAAGAGAAAAGAAAAGGAGAGAGAGAAAGAGAGAGACAAAGAGAGAGAGAGAGAGAGAGAGAGAGAGUCUUGAAGAGUUUUUAAUAAGAUUAAAUAAUUAUGUUAUUCAAAUUUACGGUGCCGCUUUCAAUCUUUAUUAUAUUUGCUACCGCAAACGAUGUAGAACAAUUCGAUAAUCAUAAUGUCCAGUGGGUUGGUGGAUCAUUUGAAUGGCCUUGUACAACUACGAAGAGUAUGUUCAAAAAUAGUGGUCGCUACAUCUCAAAGAAUGUGAUCGCAACGAGAGCUGCAAUUUUCAUGGAUGAUGCUAUUUUAGCUCUACCAAGAUUUAAACCUGGUGUCCCAGCGACUUUGGCUAGAGUCUCUCUCAAGGACAAAAAUUGUCAAGCUAAUCUUUAUGCUUUUCCAUGUUGGUCCGUUCAAGAGGAAGGUACUUUGAAAGCAUUGCAAAAUGUCGUAGAUCUUUUCUUGGAUCCUCAAGAUAUUCUUUGGGUUUUGGAUACGGGAGUAAUCCAUACGUUGGAGGAAUCUGUACGUAUAUCCCCGCCAAAAGUUAUUGCAAUCAACAUGAAAACAGGCAAGCUCAUAAAGACGAUUGAACUCGAUGGUCUAACUACAUCUUCCUCUCGACUUCAAUACGUCGUUGCUGACUACACUCCAGAUGGACGUGUCCUUAUAUACGUGUCGGAUGCUGCAACAAGAGCAAUCUUGGUCUACGAUGUUACAUCUGGUCGUGGUUAUAGAUUUGUCCUACCCAAAACCGUAAUCACAGGCUCUUCUCGAAGAGAUGUAUUAUACUUGGCUCUUAUUCGUCAUCCCGAUGGUAGUACUUGCCUUCUGUUUACUUAUUUAUCAGGCAGUCGUAUGUUCUCCAUCAAGACGGAAUAUCUUCGUAACGGUGCACCGAACGACAAAAUUCAAGAUAUUGGAUUGAAGCCUAAACGUUUAGUAAUUUUAGGCACGGACAAUGGCAAUGCUCUAUUCUUCAGAUACGAAGGAGAAGCUAUCGUUCAAAGAUGGGACACUAGUACUGGUUUCCAACCUGAGAAUUUCCAAAAGGUUUAUAGCAGUACCGCUUGUUCUCUGGCAACUCAAGUUAUUCCUGAUUAUAAGAGAGGUAGUAUGCGUGUAUUGGAAUCUAACUUCCCAGAUUACAUACAAGGUACCGUUGGAUGCGGAGCCGAUCAAGCUCUUAAUAUUAUGUAAAAUAUAUAUUAAAAUAGGAUAAAAAAGAAAAACGAAAAAAAGGAAGAAAAAAAUAAAAUACAUGUAUAAGAUUAAA